AUGCUCGAUUUACUCCCACCUUUACUGGCCCUCUCUGUACAAACCCUCAACACAAUGCGCGAGGUCGAAGCCGACGAUCUGCGUACGAUGUGGACCUUGUUUACAAAGUGUAAAGGACAACUAGAGCAUGGCCAACGUCUAGAAAACAUGGCCUGGCGACUAUGGCACCAUGAGAGCACAUUAACAAAACGUACAGAUAUUGCAUGUAUCGAACGGCCAACAGAUCCCAUCCAGCGACAAUCUCCCAUAGACCAUUUUCUGUCUUGUCUUGCCACCCCCUCCAUGACAACUACAGAACCAAAUGCAGUGCAAUUUCAAAAAUGUCGCUCUUCUCCUCCUAUCCCUACUCCAGCAAUAUCACCAAAUGCCACACCCUGGUCUGACUCAGAUCCUGUCAAUGUAGUUCCUAUUGAAGUCCUCUCUGUACCAGAUUCUUAUGAUUCACCUAUACUCAAUAGCCAAACCAAGGAUAAACACACAGAAGACACCCCGGAAAACGAUACAACAUUUGCAAAAACCCAGCCAACUUUGGCGCCUCGUCAAUCGCUCCUUUCUAUUCUCUUUCACAAACCUCCUUCUGAUUCAGCCAAUACUGAUAUCACCAAUCAACAACCAGCUCAACUUUUUAUGUAUAUGCCUAGAAAUAUUUCUGAAAGUGUGCAACAAGACCCAGCUUUGGAAGACAUCCAAAACAGCCCGAAUAUUAAACGAUCCUCCUCUAAUCGGCAUCAAGAUUCGGAGUGGAGGGAAAGUUUUCAUGGGUGGUGAAAAGACUUUAUUUUUAUUUUUAUUUUUGCGCAAUAGAUAAGCAAUUUAUUCUUCUUUUAAAUUCUUGUUUUCAUCCUCACUGAUCAUAGGAUCUGAAAGCACAAACAUCUUUUAGAUAGAUAGUAUCUCACCUAAUGGUAUUAUUCUAUAUAUAAAGUUAAUUACCUUCUCAGUAUAUAUAAACAUAAUCAAAUUAAUAUAUUUUGCUACGCUGAUAU